CUAUAUUUAUACAGUCACGUGACUAUCGUGUUCACGUACAUUGUUUAGACAGAUAAAUAUCCUUCGGCUAACACUAUAUUACUGCAAGCUGACCGAAAUACACGAUUUCAUUUGGUGUUGAAAAAAGACUAGAGGGUUCUUUUAAUACAGCUAAAUAGGUUAUAUAUGAGUAUCCACAUUUAACAAGAUGAAUAUAUUUGGAUUAAUUGAUAUACCUAUAUGGUUAUUGUUAAUAAUCUCUACAAUUGUUUUAAUAUAUUUAUAUCUGACAUGGAAUUUAGAUAUUUAUAAAGAUACUGGUAUACCCGGACCACCACCCAGCACAGUCUAUCUUUUGAAAAAGAUGUUCAAAGACGGUUUGGUUGACACUCAAACGGAAUUAAUAAAAACUUACGGACCGGUUGUUGGUUUGUUUAUGGGAAGAAUUCCAACAUGUAUUGUUGGUGAUCCUGAACUUAUAAAGGAAAUCUGCGUAAAACAGGCAACGUCAAAUUUUCCAGAUAGAUUGGUAAACAGUUCAGUGCCAAAACAGCUGGAAAAUUCUAUGCAGUUUUUGGAAGGAGAACAUUGGAAGUUUGUUCGAGGUCAUAUCAGUCCUACUUUUAGUACUGGAAAAUUAAAAGAAACGGUACCUUUAAUACAUAAAUGCUGUGAUACUUUAAUGGUGGCUAUUGAUAGAUUAUCUAAAACUGACGAAAACAUUGACACAAAAAAGUUGUUUGCAUGUUUUAGUAUGGAUAUUAUUGCAAGUAUAUCUUUUGGAAUGGAAAUCGACUCUCAAGAUGACCCUAAUAAUAAAUUCGUCAAGCAUGCAAAUUCUCUAAUGGUUAACAAAAAGGCGGUAUUUAUCGCUAUGGUAUGCCUGAUUUUUCCUUUUAUGAAAAAGGUCUUUGCAUAUUUCAAUAUCUGGGGCGGAGGUAACGAAGCCUUGGAUUUUUUUGAAAGGGCUACAGCAGCGGCCAUAGAAGAACGUAUAAAGGGGAAACAGGAACGUAAAGACUUUUUGCAACUAAUGAUAAAUGCUCGCAAGGAGGGCGUCGUUGACCCUGAAUAUAAGCCAGCUAAUCCUGAAGAGUGGAAAAAUAGAGGUUUAACUAAUGGAGAAAUUUACGCAAAUUCAAUGUUGUUUUUCGUAGCAGCGUAUGAAACUGUUUCACUCAAUUUAACGUUCCUUGCCUAUUCCCUAGCUAUAAACCCAGAGGUCCAGGAUGAACUGAUUGAUGAAAUUGAUCGUGAACUUCGAGGGGUACGUAUUUAUUGGAGUUGA